AUGGUCAGAGCUGUUGCCAACCCUGCCGGGAAGCGCUCGACAGCCCAGUGCAGCCUGCCCCGGAGCGCUGCUCAGUGCAGCCCUGCCCCGGAGCGCUACUCAGUGCAGCCCUGCCGCGGAGCGUUGCUCUGCCUCAGAGCGCUGCUCAGCGCAGCCCUGCCCCAGAGCGCUACACAGCGCAGCUCUGCCCCUGAGCACUGCCCAGCGCAGCCCAGCCCCAGAGCUCUGCUCAGCACAGCUCAGCCCCGGAGCGCUGCUCAUCGCAGCCCUGCCCUGGAGCGCUACUCUAUGCAGCUCUGCCCCGGAGCGCUGCCCAGCGCAGCUCUGCCCCGGAGCACAACCCUGCCCCGGAGUGUAGCUCAGCGCAGCCCUACCCCGGAGCGCUGCCCAGCGCAGCUCUGCCCCGGAGCGCUGUCCAGCGCAGCCCUGCCUCGGAGCGCUGCCCAGCGCAACCCUGCCCCAGAGCGCGGUUCAGCGCAGCUCUGCCCCAUAACGCAGCCCUGCCCCGGAGUGCUGCUCAGUGCAGCCCUGCCCCAGAGCGCUGUUCAGUGCAGCCCAGCCCCGGAGCGCUGCUCAGGGCAGCCCUGCCCCGGAGCGCUGCUCAGCGAAGCCCUGCCGGGGAGCGCAGCUCUGCCCCAGAGUGCUGCUCAGCGCAGCCCUGCCCCGGAGCGCUGCUCAGAGCAGCCCUGCCCGGGAGCACAGUCCUCUCCCGGAGCGCUGCUCUGCGCAGCUCUGCCCGGAGAGCUGCUCAUUGCAGCCCUUCCCCAGAGCGCUGCUCAGGGCAGCCCUGCCCCGGAGCGCGGCCCACUGCAGCUCUGCCCCGGAGCGCUGCCCAGCGCAGCCCUGCCCCGGAGCACUGCUCAGUGCAGCUCUGCCCCGGAGCGCUGCUCUGCGUAG